AAACUCACUGAAAGCAGAACCUAGCAGCAGCCCAGCAAACUCAACAGCGAAUGGUAUAGAGGGUAGAAGAUGGAAGGUGCAAACAUGGAAGAAGAAGUAUUCAACGAGGGUAUUAUAUUGCCACCCCUACUCACACAACUCAAGAAGAUUUUGGAUCAGUACCCUGAUGACACGCAGAUCUUAAAGGAGCUGGUGCAGAACGCUGAAGACGCUGGAGCGCGCGAGGUGAAGUUUCUAUACGACCGACAUGUCUACGCAACUGACUCUAGACAGUUGGCCGGUCCCGGUAUGGCUAAAUACCAGGGCCCGGCAUUAUACGCAUACAACAGCGGCCUCUUUGACGAAGAUGAUUGGAAAGGACUGCGGAUGCUGUCGCAGAGUGUCAAACAAAAUGAUCCUUUCAAAGUGGGAUACUUCGGCAUGGGAUUCAAAUCCGUUUUUCAUCUCACAGACCUGCCGAGCGUCCUUAGCGGAAACAAAUUGGCCUUCAUCGACCCCCACCAAACGUUGUUCGACACAUCCAGUCACGCUUGGAAUCUUCAGAAACAUCCAGAACUCCUCGAAACCAUGAAGCAUCAAAUCGAACCAUACUUAGGAAUUUUCAACUGCAAUGAAAACACUUUCCAAAACGGUUUUUACAACGGCACAUUGUUCAGAUUUCCACUUAGGCAGAUGCCUUCCCACCUUUCCAAAGUACCAUACAGCCAUGACAAGAUGAAUGCCCUUAUCGAUAGUUUCACAUCUGACGCACACUUGCUGCCUAUUUUUUUAAAAUAUCUUGAAAGCGUAGAAAUUUACGAUAGAGAUAGAAUGACCAAAGAGCCAAAAUUAAUAUUUUCCAUAUCUAUUCCUAAAUUUUGUCUUGAAGACGUCAGACAAAAAAGAUUAGAUUUUUUAAAAAAGACCCAACUGAAAAAUAUCACCGAAAAGGCAAUUACGGCAACCUAUAAAUUAGCUGUAGAAACAAAAGAUUACAUCAAUAACUCCGAAGGAAAAGUUGUUAUAUCUCAAUACAAAUAUCUAGUCACUCAAUAUCAUUGCUGUGGGCAGCUGUCGGCAACAUUCAACAAACUGCACCGCGACACCGACCUGAACUACCUACCCUGGGUCGGCAUGGCUAUGCCCUUGUUGGAUCCCGACAAAUGUGAUAGGGACUUCUACGAAAUGUCACCAGAAGAUGGGAGGAUUUUUUGCUUCAUACCUCUCACUCUCGAACAGGGUUACACCUCAGGACUGCCUGUACACGUUAAUGGAUUUUUUGCUCUUGAACAGAAUCGAAAACACAUCAAAUGGUUAGACGCAUUUUCAAGCAGAAAUUAUGGGGAGGAGUUCGUAGAUAAGAGAGUUUUGUGGAACCAGUGCCUGUUGAGAGAGGCUCUUCCACGGUGCUACGCCCAUUUAAUACUGGAAGCUAUCAAGUUGAAUUCUUCAACGGCAAUCACCAACGGAACUUGUAAUGGUCACGAUGUACAUGAAAUUAAUUUUUCCAUCACAGAAGAAAUGAUAUACAGGGCUUUUCCCAGUUUAGACAAAAUUGACAGAAAAUGGGAAAAUCUAGUUUAUUCCGUGUACUCGGAUUUAUUGAAAUGUCCAAUUGUGAAAACAGCAGCAGACGGAGGCAGAUGGAUUGAGCCUAGGUUGGCAGUUUUCAACACUUUGGAUAUGAAAACUGACCUAACAAAAAUUCUGAUCAAAAUUCUUUUGGAAGGUUCUGUCAGAGUUGUCAACGCUCCACCGCAUCUAUUAAAAGUUAUAAAAAAUAGUCGUCUCAUGAAUGUUAUUGAAACGAGUCCAUCUUUAGUUGCGAAUGCUUGCAGAUCAUUGCAACGCUCAAAAAAUACAUCAGACAUGUUGAGUCGGUUAACCAGCGGCCAAAAGUUAGAACUGUUGAAAUACUUUGCUCUUGCGAACAAGUUUGACGCACUCGACGGGUUGGAUUUGUUGCCUUUGGCAGAUGGAUCGUUUCACACAUUUUACUACAAUCCCAAAAAAGCCGACCGGCCUAUUUAUAUAGCGCUUGAUCAUGAAGUUCUUAAAAUAGUACCAGGAGCGGAUAAAGAAUUGCUAGCUAUGAAUCUAGAUGAAGAAAUUCAGAAGGCUCUAACAAAAGCAGCAUCAAGAGGUAUCACCCAGUUGAAAAUUAUUGACGUUAACGUAUUAGGCGAGUUGAUACCAAGAUGUUUUCCAGCCAAAUUACGGAGCAAAAUUGGUUUAACAUCAGAAGCAAUUCAGUGGAUGCCUGAAGAACCAGGUUUUCCUAACGAAAGUUGGUUGGAAUUAAUGUGGAAUUUCCUAGUGCAACACUCUCCAACUGAUUUGAGCAUGGUUGAAAAAUUACCGAUUUUGCCAAAAAAAUCAUUUUAUUCUGAAUCAGGAGUUAAAACUAUCGAAUUGAUACCAUUAUUUGACGUGAAAAAUUUAACCGUGCGCAUAAUGAAAUCGUUUGAAGGGCUGAAUUUAGGUGGAUCUAUUGAAAAAAUAGCUGAAAAAAUUGGCCUGACCAUCGUCGAUGAGUUGCCAGAAUAUAUAGAAAAUCACAGCCUUGUAACAAGAAAUUACAUAUUUUUACCGAGUUACAUUGGGGUGUUAAAAGCUUUUUGUAAAAUAGCAGAAAAUAUCGGUCGAUACAAUUUAAUUGAUCGAAUACGAUAUGACACGACGGAGGAAGAAAAAAGGUAUCUCAGAAUGUUGUUCGCAAAAUUUUCAACUUACGAAUUACAAAGCGUGUAUCACGCAUUAUUAUCUGAUCUACCUUUGUUCGAAACGGUCAUGGUCGGUAGCCAAAUAAAAUUUGUUUCGGUUAAUGAAUGCAGAUUGGCCGCGCCUUUUGAAAAAAUUGAAUUUCCUUUAUCAAGUCCUCUGCUCGAUUUGUCUGAUAUAAACUCUCAAGCGUUGGGAAAUUUGUUGGGCGUGCGACAGCUGAACUAUUCAGAAUUACUCGAACAAGUUGUGUUUCGAGAUAUAGAAAAUGCUUUUUACGAGAAAGAACAAGUUAAAGAAGUGAUGUUGCAUAUUCUCAAAAGUUUUCACAGACUUUCUAGUAACGAGACGGCGAGUUUAAAAAAAGUGUUAAAAUCGCUCCCCUUCAUGGAGAGCAACGAUUUGUACGUUCCUGUUUCGCAUUACUACGACCCAGAGCAAGAAUUGUUGAAAAAGUUGUUUCGAUUUGAAAAGCGAUUUCCAGACACUGAGUAUUCAGUGCCCAACGUACUUUCCGUCCUCAGAGAAAUAGGUUUACGUGGUGUGAACAGUGUUGAAGCGGAAGAUAUAAAGGAAGCCGCAGAGAUGAUUGACGUGUGGUCAAAAAUCAACAGCGGAGCCGAAGUUAACAGCUUUUUGGGAAACUUUCAAGAAAAAACAACUUUAGAAAUGCUUAAAGAUAAAUCGCUAGCUAUAAUUGAUUUUUUGCAUAAAAACCCAUCGAAAUUAAAUGAGGAAUGCGGUGCAGAAGAACAAAAACUAGCUGAUCUGUUAACAUCAAUAAAAUGGAUAUUCACAUUGACGGAAAAACCAUCUUUCUAUCCUAAAUGUUUACCAUGGCAUGGUUCAAAGACAGAACAGUCAAAUUUGUUUUUCAAAUUUGAGAAGCCUGAAAACAUGAUUUCUAAAAAAUAUUCUUUGCUGGCUGGCUCAGUUUUAAGUGUUGCCGAGUCAGAUUUAUCAAUGACGUUAGAAAAAGCUCUCAGUUUAGAUAAAGAACCAGAUUUGAAUAUUUUAGUAGAACAUUUGAAAACCGUUAUUUCUUCAUACACUAGUCAUGAUAAAUUGUCGUACGUUGAAAUGAUUAAAAGUAUAUAUACAGAAUUAUCUAAAUAUGAUUCAGAUUUAGUAAAAAAAGAAUUAAACAAACAAAACGUACCGCCACAGUGGAUAUGGAAUGGUGAUGGAUUUUCUCCAGAUACUAGGGUAGUAUUUUCAGCACCUUUCAUGGAUUUACGACCUUUCAUUCAUAGUUUACCGGUUGAGUUGAGCUUACACACUGAAUUUCUAUCAAAAACAGCAAACUUGAAAAAUAAUUGUGAUCUGGUUGAAGUCAUGAAACUUAUUUACCUUAAACAUAAUUCGGCACUAGAAUCAAUUCAAGAGACAAGUAACACUCAGUAUAGUUCAUCCGAAGUCCGAAAAGAUCUUCAUAUGUGCGUUAGUAUUUUAAACGAACUGAAAUCUUCUCUGCAAAGCUGUGAAGAUGAAGAAAAGAAAAUCGCCAUGUUAGAGGAAUUCAAACGAAAUUUGUAUUUACCAGUUCAUAAUGAAGGAUCUAAAGUUUUGAAGAUGGCUCUUUUAUCUGAUUGUACAUUCUGUGAUGAAGAAUGGCUUAGACAAGGUUACAGUUCAGCUGAUUUUGAAAUGGAUAAUGAUAGUGAAACUAACGAAGUUUCGUUGGUUCACCCAAAUGUUCCAUCUAGUACUUCAGAAGCUCUGGGCGUGCCUACAUUAAUGUCGCGAAUGUUGGAUGCAGAAGAGCUAGAUAUAAGUUUUGGUCAGUCUGAUUCCUUAACUCAUCGCCUCAACAGUUUGCUGUUGGAAUAUGCUGAUGGAUUUGCAGUGCCUAAGGAAUUAGUUCAAAAUGCCGACGAUGCUGGAGCAACGGAAAUUUCAUUUUUAUAUGAUGAAAGGGAAAACGAGGAUGACAGAUCAUGCCUCUUAGACGAAGGAAUGAAAGAAUGCCAAGGACCCGCUCUUUGGGUGCAUAACAAUGCCGUUUUCGAAGAUUCAGAUUUUGAAAAUAUAACUAAAUUGAAUGGAGCUACAAAACUUGGUCAACCGGAAAAAAUUGGAAAAUUUGGUUUAGGUUUCAAUGCUGUGUACAACAUUACUGACGUUCCAAGUUUCGUUAGUCGUCACAAUGUUGUUAUCUUCGAUCCACAUACUUACCAUUUGGGCAAAAGCAUUAAGGACAAACGAAAGCCUGGAAUACGCAUCGAUCUGCGACGCCACAAACGCAAUUUGAAACGGUUCGGGAACCAGUUCAGACCCUACAACGGGAUUUUCAAUUGCAAUCUCAAUCCUGGCUCGCAACUCGAAUCAUACAACGGAACGCUUUUUCGUUUUCCAUUGCGGACGCGCUUACAGGCUUCAAGAAGUGAAAUUUCCUCAAAGCAUUACGACGAUAAAGAGGUUAAAGAACUGUUAAAGCUGCUCAUAACAUCCUGCGAUACUCUUUUGUUAUUCUCUCAAAACAUUUGCAAAAUCAGUAUAUAUCAUUUGGGCAAAAAAUGUAACGUCGGAACCGAUAUUGUUGAAAUAUUUUCCAUGGAAAAAAAGUUAAUCAAAAUUAUACGUGAAAUGCCUUUACUGAAUUUUAAAAAUGAACAGAAUUUAAGUAAGAAAAAUUAUUCAAAUUUACAAAAAAAUUGUCAGUCGUUAAAAGUCAGCGCUGAAAUUAUUCGAAAAUUAAAAAACGGUUCAAAAUUAGAAGAUACAAAUAGUUUGGAUUCAUCAUUAAUUAUUGCUUUAGAUAGUCAUUUUUCUAACUCUGCUCAUAGCGAAAUAUUUUUUGAUGCAAAAUUUUCCAAACCGACAAAUCUUUCUCAAAAGUGGUUAGUGUGUCACUACGUAGGAAUCGGAGAAUCGUUGAAAAUGGCGAUUCAAGAUGAAACGCUGUCAUCAUGCGUUUCAGCAGCUGCACAAAUUCAUGGCGACGACGAAACCGGAUAUGUUCCCAUUCCAGUUGUAACUACAAAUCAAAAAAACUUAUGUCAUCACGGCUUAAUAUUCACUUUUAUGCCUCUUCCAUUGCGCUCUGGCCUGCCAGUUCAUAUAAAUGGAGCAUUUGCCGUCACUUCCAAUCGUAAAUUUUUAUGCCAGCAAAAUGAGGAUGACAAGUUUGAUUUAAGACCUGUUUGGAACAAAUUACUCAUGGAAGAUGCAGUGUGCUCUGUAUAUUUGAGGCUGUUGAACGAUUUAGUUCAACUUUUUAAACCGGAAAACAGUUAUGAAUUUUUUUUGCUUUGGCCAAAUCCGACAUUCACAACAUCAUAUACAGAGUUUCUAAUGAAAGCUUUUUACAAAGAAAUAGUAAAAAAUGAGCAAUUUUCGCUUGUUUCGGACGGAGAAAUUUGGUCUAGUUUUAAAAACUCUCUCUUCUUAGAUUUUUCUUUUUCUUCAUUAGAAAUAGGAAAAACUGCGUAUAAAGUAUUUAAAGAACUUACCAAACAAAAAACUCAAAAUCAAACGGUCGUGGCUUAUUUUCCAAAUUGGAUAGAAAAAGCGCUGGAAGCUUCUGAAAUUUUUUCAACAACCUUUACAAACAGUUAUGAUAUAGUAAAAUUUUUCGAAAAAAUAUUUUUCCCACAUAUUUUGGAUGUAAACUCGCGUGAUAGAGAUGAUUUGGUUCUACACGCAUUAUCGUGCCAAGAUGCACAGUUGAACAGCCUUAUAGCAAAUAAUAAUUGCAUUCCAGUUUCUCCGGACGGAAAAGUUAUGAAAUGCAUCAAUCAGCUCGUUGACCGGCAUUCGUUUUUUGCAAAAAUGUACAUAGAAUCUGACGGCAGGUUUCCAGUCAGCAAGAGUGCUUACGACAAUCCUGACGUAUUAAACUUGUUAGUAUCAAUAGGAAUGAAGCAUAAAAUUGAGCACAUAACCUGGGAUGAUUUGUUAGAACGAGCCGAGGCAAUUUCAAUUUUAGAGGCUGAUGAGAAAACAAUUCGAAACUUGGUGCAAGCUUUACUUGCCUCCAUUGGAAUGUUAUUGGAAUUGAAUGAAUCGUCUACGGUUUUCAAAAAAUCAUUAUUGAUGUCGUAUCAAGAAAAAUUCGUCAACAUUGCCUUCUUACCGUUAUUGAAAAAGCCAAAAAAUUAUCCUCUGCAUUGGAAAGGAGAAGAUUUUGAUUCAGUAACACUUUUCAGACCCGACGAUGCUUAUCCUCCUGAAUAUUCUGACUUGAUAUGCUGCGUCAGACCUGUUAUUGACAUCAGUUUGUUUCCAACUGGAUCGAAUGGAGAAAAAGUGCAAGAAUUUCUGCUGUUGACUCCAUUCUUGUGCGAACCAUCGGUUGAUGACGUUAUCGAACAGUUAGUAGUUAUCACGGGCCAUCCUAUUGAAGAUUUAUCUUCAAAACCUAAAUCGUACGAAUCCGUUCAUAACGUCUGCUUUAAAAUCUAUGAUUUUCUCCAGAAAAAAAUAUUACAGUCCACAUCAAAUGCAAAAAUGAGCAUCAUCGACAAACUACGCGGAAAGCCAUUUAUACUAAUUCAAGAAAAGUUUUUGACGCCUGAAAAAAUAUCUUUCAACUUUCAAAGUUUAAACUGUUCUCCGUAUUUGUUUAGUCUUCCUGACCAGUUGAAAAGAAAUUAUUAUGAACUGAUGAAAGCCGCAGGUGUUAAGGAUCACUUUCAAUCUUCGGAUUAUGUUAAAGCUCUUCAAAAGAUGCACGAAAAUUUAGGAGCCGAACCUUUGGACAAAUCAAAUUUAAAGAUAGCUUUACAGAUUGUUAACAAUUUGAAUGACUGCAUGACGGAGGAACGUUCAUCGUUGCAAGACGUAGUUGCCGUCCACGGAACAAUUUACAUACCUGAUUCAUCCGACCGUUUGAAAUCUGCUUCCGACCUUUGUUACAACGAACCAGAAUGUAAAUGGCUGCCGAAGAACGAGGCCUUGUUUUACUCCCAUCCUCUUAUUCCGUUCACAAUUUCAAAACAAUUAGGAGUUAAUACGAAUCGUCAAGAAGUGCUGAAAAAACAUUCUAAGGGCAUACCAUUUGGCCAAAGGGAAAAACUAACAAACAGAAUUCGUAGAAUUUUAUCUGGGUAUCCAUGCGACAAAGAAAUUUUAAAAGAGAUGCUUCAAAACGCCGACGAUGCUGGUGCUACAGAAAUUUGUUUCAUUAAAGAUAACCGUUAUCAUGGCACGGAAAGAAUUUUCGACAAAUCUUGGCAACCCCUUCAAGGACCAGCUCUUUGUAUUUACAAUAAUAAAGGGUUUUCUGAAGAAGAUUUGGAAGCAAUUCAAAAGUUAGGAGAAGGAAGCAAGAGAGAUGAUCCAAACAAAACUGGACAAUAUGGAGUCGGUUUCAACUGCGUUUAUCAUUUAACCGACGCUCCUUCGUUUUUAACAAAAGAUCCUCAAGUCCCAGAAACGCUUUGCAUUUUUGAUCCCCACGCAAGAUAUGUUCCUGAUUCAACUUUGCAGGAGCCCGGUCGCAGGUUUCAAAACGUUCAACAACUCAAACCAAUUUUCACUGAUGUAUUCGAUUGCUAUCUUGGUGAUAAAUUCGAUUUAAACAAUGGAACGAUGUUUAGGCUACCGCUGAGAAAUGAAGAAAUGGUUAGAACAUCAGAAAUUUCAGAAAAGGUUGUAACAAUGGACAUGAUUGAUUCAUUAUUCCAAAAAUUUUCAAUGGAGCUCAACGAUUGCAUGCUCUUUCUCAAUAAUAUUAAAAGUGUAACGUUGUGCGAAGUUGAACGAGUAACGGGAAAACUAAAUACGAUCGUUAAAGUAACAUCUAGUUUGAACGAGUACGAUGAAAAACAGAAAAAAAAUUUCGCAGAGAAAAUAAAAAUUGGGUCGCAACUUAUAAAGUCUGGAAGAAUGUCGCAAAUGAAAAAUUCAACGAUCACCUAUAUGGUUAAGCUGACGGAUAAUAAAGGCUUAUGGGAAAGUUGGCUGGUGACACAGAGUUUAGGCUGGCAACAUUCAGUAGAAGUUUCUGAAAAAAUUUUGGAAGGAUUCAACCGGAAAGAACUCAUGUUGAUGCCUAGGGGUGGAGUGGCUGCUAUCGUAGACGGUAAUGACAUCAAAACUUCAAGAAAACGUUCCAAAAAAUUAUACUGUUUUCUUCCGUUGCCUGUUAAGUCAGAAUUUCAAGUGAACAUAAACGGACAUUUUGCGGUCGAUUACGAAGCCAGACGUAACUUAUGGUACGACGAUCAAGAAACUAGUUUAAAAACUGAAUGGAACAUUUUUCUUUUUGAAAAUGUCAUAGCAGAUGCAUACGUAAGUCUUUUAGAAAAUUUAACAACAUAUGUCUCGGUGUUUUAUAACUGCAAACAAGAUUUUUCCCAGGAAGAUGAUUUUAGUUACGUUUCUUCAGUGGAUUUACAAUCAUACGUCAAUCUUUUCCCAGUUUUCAACGACGACACAACCGCCUACUGGAGGCGCUGUGCUACGAAUGUUUUCCGCAAAAUAGCAGACGAGAAAGUGAGCGUACUACCCAUAUUCAACAGAAACAAUCACGCGUACAUAAACGACAACAACGAAAUGGUAGAAGACGAAACGUAUGCGAUCAAAUGGACCACAGUUCUUUCAAAUGAUCAUGUGAAGGCGGUAUUUGACGAUCUUGAUGUUACAUUUGUUGAUGAACAUGACGGGAACAAAACAUCUUUAAAGAAUCAAUAUAGAAUUAAUGAAAAAUCAUUAAAAAAGCAUGAAAUUUUAAGACACGUGUUGUUAAACGUUAACUAUCCUUUAUUGUCUUUACCAAUGACUUUACAUAAAUGUUUCGUGGAGUCAAAUAUAGACGUAGAACGCAUUAAUCCAAAAUCAGUAAUAAAUUACUUCCACAUAUGUGCACCUCACUUCACAAAAUGCAAUUUAGACAAACUUCCUAAACCUAUAUCCAAAACUCCAUUUGUUAGUAACAACGAGUUAUCAAUUAUAUUACAGUAUUGUUUCAUAGAUAACAAUUAUUUUUUUGCCAAUUUAGAAGGAUUGCCUUUUCUUUUAACUUCGGAUGAUUAUCUUCGCGUUUUUAGCUCUAAAAAUCCCGUGUAUUAUUCAGACUUUUCUGAUUUAUUUCCAAAAUUAGGGGAUCAAUUUAUAGACAAAUCGUUAACAAAAAUGUUACAAACAUUCAGAAAUGAAACAAGAAGCAGUAUUUUUCUUAAUCUGGACAUAGCUUCUUUUUCAAAAUUUCUUUAUUUGUCAGCAAGUGAUGAAAAAAAUGUUUACGAAAGUUAUGUAGCCAGGGAUUUGACGCUCGAUGAUGGCCUGUUUUCAAAAAAUUGGCUAAAUAAAGUUUGGAAUUAUUUAGCAAAUGAAUUUGAAAAUAUUGACAAGAAAGAGAAAAUUACCUCUAAACUGAGGCCAAUUGAGGAUUGGUGCCUGCUACCUGUCUGCUUGAAAACGACAUCUGACAACAAUAAAAAUUUGCCAAAAAAUCUUCUGUUUUCAAUAAAAAAUUCUAAAGUUGUUUUAGAUUAUACAAAAACUAGCAUAAUCAGUUCAGCAGUUAAAGUUUGUUUAAGAAAGUUGCAUGUACCAGAAAUCGAUAAUGACGUAUUUGACGCUAAAAAUGAAACCGUGCUUUCCUUUGUUAAAAAUUUAAUUUCCAGUUUGGAAGAUCCAUCUUCAGUUUUAAUUGCUAUCACUCAUGCUUUAGCGUUCAACAGAGCUGAACUGGUAUUGCAAGAUUGUUUAGUGUUGUUGAAAUAUUUUUCAGACUCUAUCGAAAUAUGGAGAGAGGAGUUUAAUUCGGUGAACUUGCUGAGAAAAUUACCCAUCCACAUCACAACGCAAGGUCUUAUAACUUCCUUAUCUGAUUACAAAGUCUACAUUCUCCAGAUGGAGGUUCCUCAAUUCAACCUUGAUAGCUGGAAGCAUAACGACCAAGUUAUCUUUUUGCAGUGCAAUCCUGUUUUCAACGAGAUGUACGAAGUCUUAGAUUGCAAGCCUAUAACACCUACGUCGUUAUAUCUUAAUUUUGUUUUACAAAACUUUCAUUUUAUUGACACCGACAACUGGCUAAGUCACAUUCAGUUCCUCAAAGACAAAAUUUUAAUCGAUGAAUUGAAUCCAGACAGAAACGAACUAAUUGAAUCUUUAAAAAGUUUAGAAUUUAUUACUGAUGGUACGAUUGAUUCGGAAUUUAAAAAAGCUGCAGAUUACUAUGACCCAAGAAACUCGGUAUUCAAAAUAAUGUUUCAUGAUUCAACGGAGGCUUUCCCACCGACGCCUUUCAAUGAGUAUAAAUGGUUGGAUUUCAUGAAACUCAUAGGUAUGCAAUGCUCCAUAACUCCAGAUUUAUUUUACAAGUUUGCAUGCGAAAUUGAGGAGGAAGCUUUGUCUCAUCAAACAGAAAAAACUUUUGAAAAAUCUAGGACGCUCAUUUCAAAUUUAUUUUCGUCAACAUUUAUAGCCGAUGUGACAUUUUUAGAAACUAUAAAAUCUAUAAAAUUCAUACCGGUAGCUAGAGGUAAGCCCAUUUACCGAAAAAUUUAUCCGUCUCACGGAAUUUUCACAACUGCAGAAGGCUCUCAUAAAUUUAUUUCUUUCCAAGAAGGCAUUCCGGAACAACAUGAAGCAUUAACUUGGUCAAGUGCCUUUCUGCUGCCCGACUGGGCUAAUCCUUACAAAAUAAUUGGAAGAGACGUUUCUGGAGUCGAUUCCAAAUUGUCUGAAGAGGCUUCAGUUCUUAAAAAAUUAGUCGGCAGCACGUUGAACGUACCUGAAUAUCCUUCAAUUGAUUCAGUUAUCGAGCACCUUCAAAACCUCUGCAAUAACAACGUUCUGUCAAUGCAAAGUUCCGAUGAAAAUCGUGAAUUCAAGGCGUACAUGAGGAUCGAUAUUUUUAAAAAAAUAUACAGCUACUUACAAAAUGUAUUGUUGAACGACGACACUAACAGCGAAGAAGUGAAUAAUAAAAUUUUGCAGCUGGCUGACCUUCCAUGUAUAGUUUCUGAUAUGGGGCAAAGAUUUGUUCGUCCAAGGCAAAUUGUCAUGGAAAUAUAUGAAGGGGACCAAAUAGUACCUUAUUUAUGCAAAGCUCCAACAGAACUUGGGGAAUUUAAAAAACUAUUUCUACACCUGGGAGCGACAAACACGGCAAACGAAAUUCAGUACGCAACCGUCCUGGAAAGUCUCUACUACUCAACAAAAAAUGAAAAACUUCAUCCGAACGAAUUAAGAGCGGUGUUGAAAGCAGUUUUUGGUUUUUUUAACACACUUUUCAGGCAUAAAAAUUCAUCUGAUAAUAAUUUGGUUCAAAUACAAGAUUUAUACUUACCAUCAGAAGAUGGAUACUUGUAUCAUUCACAAGAGUUGAUCUACAAUGACGAACCUGCUUGGACGGAAAGAGUGAAAAAUUUAAAUUGCCCUUUCUUAAUAGACUUGACCGAAUGUAAACUGUCAGUGGAUAAUCACGUUGAAAUGAUUAAAAUUCUACCGCCACAUCUCAGUCCAAAAAUGUUGACGUCUAUCGUACAAGAAAACCUCAGCGAUCAAUUGUGCCAGACUAGAAGUUUACAUGCCGUUGCAGAUAAGCUUAGAUAUCAAUUGAACUCUAAAGCAUUUGCGUUAGGCCUUGCUAGACUCAUUAAACAUGAACAUCGCAAAACGGGCCACAGAAUAAAACAAUCUGUUUUCGACUCUAUUCAGCAGCAGUUGAAAGACGUGCAAGUGUACGGUGUUGACGUUGUUGAGACCUAUUUGUCGAAAGAAGGCCUAAAAAUUGAAGAAAGCGAAACUGAAACCCAAUGUUUUGUAAAUAAAAAGAUUGAUUCCACCACGGGUUCAGUUGUCUGGGAGUUGUACAUUAACAAGUUGGUUAAAUUGGAAGAAGAACUUCAAGUUUGCGUGGCAGAAGUUGUUGAUAAAAUUACUGGCGGUCUGUUGAAACAUUCGAUUCAUUACAUUCAACCGAUGCUGUCAUGUCCUCCACAUGCAAUAUCGAAAGUUCUCGAUCGCUUAAAAAUAAGACCGGAUCGUAAAAAUAACAACGAUCUUUUCACAUCAACACUUCCUGUAGCUGGAUCGUUCAUUCCCAUCGAAGACCACCAUCUCUUGAAAGAAGACUUUGAAGAAUUUGAUAUCGGUGAGUACGUGGGGUAUGAAAUCGAUGAUGAACUAACCGGCGAGGCUAUCAUUGUUUACGCAAUAAUUGUUGAGAAAGUUCAACCAAAACUUUUUUCUUCAUCAAGACGUUCAACUUAUCGCACUUCCUCCUCUGAAGUAAGCAGCACAUCCAGAAAGAGGUACGACAGUUCACGAAAUUUGCUUUCUCAAAAAUAUUUAGUAAACGUUGGAGACGAUCGAGAACCCAUGGAAGUAUCGGCGGCUGAUUUGUACAAAUUUCAUCGCGUUGAUCGCUACGUCAGUAGAUCAUCUGGGAACAGCGAGUCGAAUCAAUCUCAAAAAAUUUCAAGAAGUCGUAGUCCAAGAUUCGGUCCAGAUUCUGCAGCAGUUUUUGAGCCCAUAAAUGAUUGUUUGAGGCCAACUCCGUUAACAUCAACAUCGAACGCUCUCGUUCUCGUUGAUUCGAAAUCUUCACAAAAAGAACGAAAGAAACUAAUAAAAACCACAAAGAAAAAACUGUUUCAGGAUUUCGAUGAUGUUUUUUCUUCGCCGGAUAUAAAUAUUGAAACGACAAACUCUGCAGACUCUGAUAAAAAUUCAUCUGAAGACACUUCAGAAGGCACACAAAAUCACGACAUCGAAGAUGGAGAUGAUACAGAUAACGAUCUGGAAAACCAGAAGGAGGAAGAGAUAAGAAAUGAUGUGUCUUGUUUACUCGAAGAGGCUUGGCACCUACCUGAAGGACAAAGAAAAAAAGUUAUCAAAAGGCUGCUGUUGAAAUGGCAUCCAGACAAAAAUAUCGGUAACGAAAAAUUUGCAACAACGGUAACUCAACACAUUCAAGCUGAGAUUGAAAGAUUAGAACUGGGUUUGUCUAGGGCGAAAAACUAUAAUGAAUUCGCCACUCAACAUCGACCAGAUCCUAGAAAUCCAUUUUCUGGUGAUUCGUCGUUUCAGCAGAACUUUUACGAUGCGUACAAGUUUUUCUUCGAGCAGAUGAACAGACGCGCAAAAGAACAUAAAGAGCAGCGUGAACGUUACAGAGAAAAUUUCACGAGGGAAUACAGUCCAGGCAAUCGAUCUUUCAACUUUGGAGUUCCUCCGACAUUCGCCAGUGCCAAUCCGCAACCUGCACAAGCCAAAAGAUUUCUCAGACAGGCUCACGAAGACCUCAAAGCUGCCGACAAUGAUUUCAAAGCAACUGAAAAUCCAGCUUACGAGUGGGUGUGCUUCAAAGCUCAUCAGGCCGCAGAGAAGUCUUUAAAAGCAGCUCAGUUUUUUGUGGACGCCAGCACAAGUUUCAGUCACGAUUUGAUGGCUCUGGCUGCCACCUUGGAAGACUUGGACCUCAAAGAUUUUGCGAUGAAGCUGCAGAAUAUCGUCGGCAACUCGAACAAGUUAUACAACCCCGAGCCGAUUGAUUUUGUGGUCAUACCGCACGACGAGUACAACGAAACUAUGGCAGAAAACUCAGUUGAGCUGGCACGAUUGAUAUUGGACAGAGUGAACGAGAUUAUUGAAAUAAGAGAUCUAACGAAGUCCUCCUACUCCAACACUCUCAACUACCUUCAAAAAAUCUUCCCAAAUAUCAACCAAAAACUCAACUUGAUGCCAUCUAAUUUGAACUCUAGAGCCAAUGAUUAUCAGAUGGAUCAGUCACUGUAUAUAGCAACGUGGGAAGCAUUAAACACGUCAAAUAUUUUGUUAUAUUAUAGUAAAAAGGGACAUAUACGACUGACGCGAAAUAGCUAUCCGAAAAAAUGUAACAAAAAAACAAUGAACAUACGAAGUUUCAAAAUUGAGAAACGUUGGUUAACCUAG